CGGAGUAUCACAAGAAUCUUUACUUCCUUUCAUAGAACCAGUAUAAUUUCAAUUAGCCAGAUUAUGUUUUUUUUAAGAAUUUCGCUUUUUUUUAUUCUGCGCUAAUGAAUUCGCGUACGAUUACGAGUAGUCAUGAAAUUCUUCACUGUUUCUUUAAAUCGAUUUAGGUUUGCGUUCCAAUCGAAUUUCACUGCUACUGCACACUAACACUAAAAUGUUUACACACACCACGAACAUCACUAGGCUGACAUAUUGCAUAUAACAUUGCAUUGACCACAGAGAUCAGACAUAUUUUGACAUCUACAUUUGAUAUAACCUAAAUUGUAAUUUGUUUUUUUGACAUUUUUUCUUGUUGGAAAAACAGAUUGAGUUGCAAUUUGCUAAAUACAUGAAUGUUUGCAGUUAAUAAAUUAGAUAGGUUUCUGUUGAGGAUCUUUAGGAUUAAUUUCUGUCAACUUGUAGAUAUUUAGACUAAAACAGAUACAACUUAUGAACAAAAGGGUAUAAUAAAUGAUGGAUUCUUCGUCGAUAGUUAGUUUCAACAAUGACUCCACUUAUCAGACCACGCUAAAAGGUGAUGUGAGUGUACAUGAAUUAGCCUUGCACGCAAUGCGUGAUCGAUGUUUACUACUGCAACGAAGAUUAAGUACUUUAGAAAAUGAUAACAUGAAGUUAAAACUAGAUAUAUCUAAAAGAAGUUCUCCUUACAUUCCGUUGCAAGAAGACGAGAAAUUAAGACUUCAUCAACAAAUAGCGGAGCUUAAUAAGCAAAAGUCGCAACUUAUGCAUCAUGUUUUUAUGGUUUCAUGUGAGAAUAAAAACUUGUGGAAUAAAAUUUCGACUUUGAAGCGUUCAGAGAAACCACCAAGAGAAGGACUGAAACAACCUCUGCUACGCACAAACACAUAUGUAAAUAACACAUUAAGGUCGAGUUCCAAUUGUCAAGAAAAAUAUUCAGAAUCAAGUUUAGAAGAAAUAUCUCUAAAACUAAUAAACAGUUACAUUCAAGAGAAAUCACAAUUGGUAGAGCAAUAUGAACAAAUGUCUCAGCUUCAAGAAAUAGAUGAUGAUAUACUAAAUGUUGAUUCCAUAGGUUUUACAUAUAUAGAUGACCCAGCAUUUGAUUCAUUGAAAGAAAUACACAAUCAAACAGAGAAAUUACAUAAUUUAAAAAAGGAGAUAGAACUACAAGAAAAAGAUUUAAAACUAGUAUUAUCUAAAGUGGAGUCUGUUCUACUCGAAGGUUACAAAUGUCCAUCAUGCGCAGCGAACAAAUUGAAACAAAUAACUACAGAGGACAAAGAAGUUGAAACAAGUACAAGUCUUGUUGAUCUAGCUACAAUAGAGUCUCAAAAUUUCAAUGAAAACAGCACAUCAUUAGUUCAGAAUGCUUCAGAGUAUGAUGCAAAUAGUGACAUCGCUGAACCUUAUGACAAAAUGUGUCCAAUAUGCGGUGAAACUUUUAAAAAGCAUAUUGAGUUUUCAAUAUUUCAAUCUCAUGUAGAACAACACUUUAUUGGUGAAACCGAAGAUUCUUUCAAUUUAAAUAAUGGUCACAAUUCUUUUGAAAAUGUCAUGUGAUGCUGAUAUUUAAAAAAUAAUUAAAACCUGUGAUUAAAUUAUUUAAAUUUUUGUGAGACAUUAUAAUAAAUUAAAUAUAAACAACUUAUCUAGUGUCAGCACAGAUUAGUUGCAAGCCCUUCAUGGGACUUUCUUAAGGGCAUUGCAUUUGUCAGUGUGAAGGGUCGUGCGAAAUAAUACUAAUCCCACUCACCUUGAAGAAGGGCCCUGAUGGGUUCAAAGCUAGUUUGUGCCAACACCUGAUAAAUGCUAGAAUGUUAGCUGUUUUAUAUUUAUUUUAGAACAAUAAUGUAAACAUAACUGCAAUAAUACAUUUUCUCUUUUAUAGUUAAGUAAUUUAUUAAAUUGAGUAUGUUUGUAUGAUGGUGCAGAUGUAGUUUUAGGAUAUAGCUUUGCAGUUAUUUUAUCUGUGGUGGAGGAUUAAAAUAAUGGUUGAGAUAAUUAGAAAAUUACAGCACAUCUUAUUUCAAAUUUUAUGCAGGACUUUUAUUAUAUCUUAAUUUAAAAUAAUAGUAUAAAAAUGUAAUGAAUAUUUUUCUCUGACUAAUGUUAUUAAUAACAUGUCAGAUCAGUUGGACAGUAGUAUUCAAAAUCAACUGCCAUAUUGAAAACGCUAAGCCGCCAGGGAAACAAAUCCACUGUAGUAUGUUUUUUUUUUUCAAAAACAAAAGAAUUGAUUUAUUAAACAAAGUCGUAAAGGAUUCUAUCCAACUAUUAAUUAACCUUUCAAUCAAAGAUAUCCAAUAGAAGUGAAUCAAUAUUUUUUGUGACUUAACUAGGAAAGAUGGUGGAAUCAUAAUUAUAUUUUUAUGAUUUAAAAACAUUCCAUUUCAUAUAAGAUGUUGCCUGCCAGUAUUAGACAUUCUUGUAAAUAUUAUAAAUUUUAAACUUUGAAUAAAUAAUUAUGAUACAUUU